AUGGGCUCAUAUACGAUGGACCUGUGUCUGCUUGCUGGGAGUGGCCAUGGGGAAUUAGCGAAACAGGCCUUGAGCUGGGACUCUAAUACGCUGUCUGUCCCUAGGAUUGGCUAUCCGGUCGGACUAGGAGCCCUUCGCAGCACGCGGUUCUCGAACGGGGAAAACUGCGUAACGAUCGAGGCGUCAGUCCGCAAUGCCGACGUAUUCAUAAUCCAAACGGCGUCGACCCCUGUCAACGACAUGCUCAUGGAGCUCCUCAUCGCGAUAAACGCGUGCAAAAUCGCUUCGGCCAGGCGCAUUACGGCCGUUUUACCGUGCUUCCCGUACUCACGCCAGGACAAGAAGGAUCGAAGCAGAGCCCCUAUUACGGCGAAGCUCGUUGCUAACAUUCUGGAGAGCGCGGGCUGCAACCAUGUUAUAUGCGUUGACUUCUCAAAGACGAUGGACCUACAUGCGUCGCAGAUUCAGGGGUUUUUCAACAUUCCGGUUGAUAAGUGUACGGCUAGUCUAUUCUCGGAGAAGACAAUGGUGGAGUAUAUUCGACAGAAUUAUGGAACGGAUGACUUGGUUGUUGUGUCUCCGGAUGCUGGAGGCGCAAAACGUGCCGCGAGCAUUGCCGACAGGCUCCAUGUUGACCUCGCCCUGAUUCAUAAAGAACGCAAGGUCGCAAAUCAGGUGAGCCGUAUGAUUCUGGUUGGCAAUGUGUCCGACAAAGUAGCGGUGCUUGUCGAUGACAUCGCAGAUACCUGUGGAACUCUCGCGAUGGCAGCCACGAUCCUCAAGCAGCACGGCGCCAGCAGUUGUGUUGCCGUCGUUACCCAUGGCUUUCUCAGCGGGCCAUCGGUGAAAGUAAUCGAGGAGAGCAACAUUGACAGACUUGUCGUCUCGAACACCCUGCCGCUUCCAGAGCACGCGCAGUCAUGCUCGAAGAUUUACCAGAUGGACGUUAGCAUCACCAUCGCGGAGGCAAUCCGGAGAACGCAUAAUGGAGAGUCCUCCUACGCCGUUUUCAGAUUGAGUGUUACGUUUGGAAGACCACGAGAGGUCUAUAUUCGGGAGGCAUUGGAUUGA